AUGUAUUUUCAUAUAUCUGUAAAACUUCCUUCCUCUCUCUCUCUCUCUCUCUCUCUCUCUCUCUCUCUCUCUCUCUCUUUUUCUAGUGCGCGCUUUCUCUCUCACUCAUAUACACACCUAGACAUAUAUUAUUUAGAUUUCAAUUACCAUGAAUCUAACAGUUCCGGUUCGCCCACCGAACCUUUUUUCUUUUCUAUCUUUUACCGACUUUUUGCUUUUAUAAUUUCUGUUUUUCCACUCCCUUUCAUUGAUUUUUUCUCUUUUUCUCUUGUCAUUUCUCUUAAACCUUCUUUUUACCAUCUUUUUUUUAUUCCUAUUCUUUUCGUCUGCCUUCUUUCACAUUUUCUUUAUCUUUGCCGUUUCACUUUACCAUUUUAUUCUUUUCUUCUUUCAAUAUUUUCUCCUCCUUUUCUGUAUUCGUCGCUAAUCUCUCACUCUCUUCUUUUCAUAUCAUGCUAUUUAUUCUCUUUCUUUAUUUUUCCCCCUUUUCUUUUGCUACGUUUUUUUCUCUCUAUUUCCGUCCUUUUUCUUUUCCUUCCCCUUCAUCUCUCUCUUUCACUUAUUGUUCCCCGUCAAAUUCUGUUAUUUCUUUUCUUUCUUCUUUUCCGUUUUUGCCUUUCUUCUUUCUCUCCUUUUUAUUCUAUUUUUUUUUAUUUUGUUCAUAAGUCAUAUCAUUCCCUAUAUAAUUCCCGUGUCAGAUGA